UUUAUGUAAAAAACUUAGAGAAUUAAAUAUGCGUUUACAAGUUAUGGACAUGCACCUUGUGAAUCUUAUACAAUCACAAACUAAUUUACAAUACUUUAAAUUAGAUUGUGCUGGUAACAUCGCUCCCGCUAUAUCAGCCUUGCAAUAUCAAUCAGACUCUUUGAUUCGCGUAGAAUUUUCACACAUUCAAUUUAUUGGUAUUGCUCUUGAUGCUCUAGCAUCAUGUAAAAAUUUGCAAACCUUAUCCUUCAUUAGUUGUAAAGGAUUGACUUCCUUCACUUGGAUGCCUUUGAAGAAAGCUGAAUUCAAACUUCAAAUUUUAUAUGUCAGAAAAUGCGAAACAACACAAGAAUUUUUGGAAUCUGCAAUUGAGACUGCUAAUU